UGGGUCCGCGUAAAUUUUAGAAAAGUAUCCUGUGUAGCGAAACGAACAGUCGACAUCAAUAUUUCAGUAGCAGAAGCGAGAACUAUUAUCUUCUAUCUAAUCGCCGUCCAGAAUCGCGGUGUCUCCCAUUUCCGUGCCCGAAAUCCCAGAAAUAUUUAAGCUUUUUCAUCCCGAAACGUAUCUACAAAAGAGAAAAUGGCGUUUAGAGGAAGAGAAAUGAUAAAAAACAUAAUGAAAAAAGUGGGAGAGAAGAACUUAGCUCCGGGAGUGAAGGACUCUCUGAGAAAAUAUGUGCCCGACUCUAAAAUCGUAAUGGGUCGGGCCAAAAGGGGCAUCUUCGCCGGUCGCCACAUUCGCUUCGGCAAUAGCGUCAGUGAAGAUGGAGGAAACAAGACAAGGAGGACAUGGAAGCCAAAUGUCCAGGAUAAGCGACUUUUUAGUUACAUCCUAGACCGUCAUAUUCGAGUCAAAGUGACAACCCACGCCCUUCGUUGCAUAGACAAGGCUGGUGGGAUUGAUGAGUACCUGCUGAAAACACCUUACUGCAAGAUGGACACAGAAACAGGUCUCUUUUGGAAAACUAAAAUUGAGAAGCUCUAUGGAGAACUUGGGAACACUGAGGUUCUCUUCUUUUCACCUGAGGAUGAAGCCAAGUUCGAACAGGAAUUCAAAGAAAUGAAGAUAGCUGAAAAGGCAGCUCGUAGUGAAGCUAGGAGAAGGGCGUCUGGUUGGCCAGAUAAACUAAAGCAGAUUGAAGGAGGAACAGACGCUGAAGAAGGGAGCUUACAUGAGGCUGGAGAUCAUGCAGAUCAUGAGAAUGAAAAAGUUGCUAAUUUCUAAGUCUUGAUGUUGCUUAGAAUGCAUAUCAGAUGACAUUUGUUUUUUUUUUCCCUAAAAUUUUGCUGCGUUGAGAAAAGAUGUCAAUAUAUUUAGACGUAACAAGGAUAUUGACGGACUAUUAGAAUAAUUUUUCCAAAUUUAUUUUAUUUUCUUUUAAUGAA